GCUGCUUUCAAGAAGCCUCUUGGUGGCAUCAAGACCUCUUCUGGCAAUUACUAAUAUCAGCUAGAACUCAUCAUGUCGGAUGGUUCGUCUUCACCGCCCAGCUCGGUCGGCAGCAUCGUUGAGGAAGCUUCUGAGCCGGAUGUGACAAAUUUCGAAUGUCUUUUCUGCACGCAACAAUUUGAUCUGGUGCCCACGCUAGUGUAUCAUUGCUCCAAAGAACACGACUUCGAUAUCUACAAAGUCAUCAAGGAGGUCACGGCAGGCGGUGACGAUCUUGCCAUUUUCAAAUUGAUCAAUUUCUUGCGGCUGGAAACUCGAAAGGGCACCGACCCGACGUCGAUUACAGUCAAUAAGGAGACUCUAGCUGAUGACAAGUUACUGCAACCUACCGACCCAGGCGAUGCUCUGCUGUACAGCCUUGGUGAUGUGCUUCCUGACCUGGAAAAGCCUGCUGCAAGCUACGAAGCCUUCGAAGCUCGUAAGGGAGACAUGCCCCAGCAUGAAGUUGAGCACUUGAAAAUCGGAGAUGGAGAUUCCGGCUAUUUCGAUUCAUAUAAACGUUCUGGUAUCCAUCGGGAAAUGAUUCAAGAUGCCGUAAGAACAAACGCAUACCGAGACUUCAUUGAACAUCACGCAUCCCUUUUCAAAGGCAAAACUAUUCUCGAUGUGGGUUGUGGCACAGGCAUUUUGUCCUUGUUCUGCGCUCGAGCUGGAGCCGCGAAGGUCUUUGCAGUCGACUUUUCAGACAUCGCCGCGAAAGCGCGAGACAUCGUUGCAGCAAAUGAAUAUCAAGACACGAUCACAGUAAUACAAGGCAAAGUAGAAGGCUUCAACGUCCGGUCUAUAAUAGGCGACAAUAAGCCGGUCGAUAUCAUCAUCUCCGAAUGGAUGGGGUACGCUCUACUAUACGAAGGCAUGCUGGAUUCCGUCCUCACCGCGAGGGACCUGUUUCUCAAAGACGGAGGCCUAAUAUUUCCGAGCCACUGCACCCUUCACGUAGCACCUAUCUCCGACCCUGAGUUCAUUGCCUCUAGUAACGGUGCCACAUUCUGGAAAGACGUCUACGGUUUCGAUAUGUCCGUUAUGAUUCCCAUCGAAAUGCUGAACGAGCGCGACAUUGGCGUCUUCGAUGUCCCAGCAAAAGCCAUAUGUGGCUCUGCUCUGCCAUUCUACACCCUCGAUAUUAUGAACAUCACUGUGAAAGAAUUGGAGUUCACUGCGCCAUUUUCUAUCAAGCUAGAUCGGGAUAUCCAAUCUCUGGACGCCUUUGCGAUCUGGUUCGACACGUUCUUCGUUCCACCAGGCUCAAGUGGGAAGCCAGAUUGCGUUAAUGCGUCCGCUUGGGGAGAGACUGGCCAGGACGGGGUGGCUUUCACCACUGGACCUUUCGGCGCUCCAACACACUGGCACCAGGCAGUUCUGCUUGUUGGCCAACAAGAUCGAGGUAAAGGCAUCGGAACAGGCACUGAGAUUACUGGCUCAGUUUUGUUGAGAAAGCGGAAGAAAGAUGCAAGGGCUAUUGUGGUGGAGAUCAGUUGGAAAGGGGAUGGGAGUGAAGGACCCAUUUCGGGGACACUUUCUCGGUCAAUGUCGUAGAGAGCUGACAUGGACGAUAUAUAUGCACUUUUCCAACGACCAAGCCGAGAGCCCGAUGCGCCCUCAGAGGUGUGUAGAAUUUGUGGAUAUGGGUCCC